AUGGGGUUCGUAAAGGCGGAAGAAUUCGUAAACCACUACAUGCGCGUGAACAGAGAAAUCAAGGAGCUGUCUAGCCGCAAAAACGAGGAGUUCAAAUUUAACAUCUUCAUUUUCUACUACAAUGAUAUAGACUCCAUCUGCACGGAGCACAUUCUCCAUUUUCACAAAAAUGUCAAGAGGGACAUAAAUAUAUUCAGUUAUGGGAUCGAGAAGAAGGAGGACCUGCUUAACUUCUGCAAGAAGUAUGAAGAUGUGUACAGCAAGAAUGCGGACUACUACCGAGACUACUUCUUUGAGGUGAUCCUCAUCGGCAUGGGCUCCCAUAUGAAUACAGAUGGCGAUGUCUACACGUUGGUGGAGUCUUUCUUCACCUCCAUUAUGAGCAAGAACUACGUGGGGUAUUUGAAAUUUUUCGUUAUCGACAAUAGGAGACCCUACCAUGAGAUCUUUGAGACGAGUGACAAGUGGGAUUUGGUACUGAGCGAGGGGGAGAUGACGGACGUGAUGACCAUAUAUAGUAGCACCGCCGCGGGGAAGGGAGUCUCCACUGGGGGGGAAGCAACAGAGGGGGGCGAAACACAGGGCGGUACAACAGACACGCGAAGUAACCACAACACCAAAGGAGGAAAAGGAAAAAAAAACGUGCAACAAAAGCUCCACAGCUACUACAACACUGUGAAGGAAGAAAACAAAUGCAUGUGCCUGAUGAUUUAUCCAUUCAUCCAGUGCGUGAGCGAAGACGACUCCUCCGCCAUCAUAUUCAUCUCGAGCGUGUCCCUAAUCUCUUAUUUGAAAACGGACGGAGUGACAUAUGAUUAUUACAACAGGGAGAUAAAAAAUCUGCACAACGAUUCGAUGAACAUAUCCAAUGGGCACUUCAUCUCGUUUGACCGUGAGCGAGGGCUGCUACCCAUGCUGUCUUUCAUGUCACUAAACGAGUCCCUAGAAAUCGAUGAACGCAUAUACAUCUAUGAUCACAAGAAUGUUAAGAACACAUUCAAUAGAAUCCGAACAAUGUGUCAUAUCGAGAUAAAAGAAUUCACCGGAAAUUUCAGGCAACUGGAUUUGAAAAAACAAAAUGAGAUCCUCAUUAAGCUAAAGGCCUUUAUAAAGAUAAUCAAACCGAUGAAUAGUCUCGCAUGGAAACGAAGAACCUACGUCCUCUACAACAGUGACAGCUUUUACUUCCUCAUCGUCCUUAUCUACAUCUACAUUAACAGAAUCAAAAAAAUGGAUUCAUAUCUGUAUAACUGCCUUAAGACGUCCGAUUUCCUAUUCAACAUCUUUAAGGACCGACUCAAGCAGUCCGAGAUCUACGACAAACUUAUUGAGAAACAUCUACACAAAAACGCAGCUAGCUAUUUAAGUGUCCUAAUUAAAAAAAUCAUGGAGAGUAACAAGAAAAGUAUCAACAUCACUUCUGAUUUGAAAAUUUUUAUGGAUAUAUUUCAGACUGCUAGAAACUCGUAUACUCAUCCAUUUGAGUUGAGAUUUAUUUCCAACAUGUUCUCCUCAUUUCAGUCUUACUGCAAUGAUAAGUACAAGACGUACCACCUCGUCGUAUGUCACAUUAACGAUUCGGAUGACACUCUUCUGUAUGGCUUUAGUCCGCUUAACAAAAGGGACUACUGGCCUUCCGUUUUCUCCAAAAUUGCCUAUAGUAACUCUGAGCAAAUCUGCUACGACACCGUGGCGGACGUGAACACUCUGCGCAUCCGAAAAAAUGAUUUUAAGUUCAUCCUCAGCGAGAUCAAGGACGUCUUCCGGGGCGUCCUGCGCUGCGAUCACAGGCGGGAGUUCGACUUGAGCGACAGCACGGAUGCGGAGGAGGAGGAAGAGGCAGCAGUGGAGGAGGAGGAAGAUGGAGCGGACGAAGAGGGAGCCGUGGAGGACGAUGCUAUGGAGGAGGAAGACGAGGCGACGGAAGAGGUGUACGCCGAAGACGCGACCGACGGUGCAAACGAAACGGAGCAGUGA